AUGCACGGCCUAUUGGCCUUAUCCGCCCUCCAUUACGCCCAUGUCCACCCGCAGGAGCGGAAAAAGUACGACAUCAUCUCGGUGAACCACCAGAACGAGGCGCUGCGCUUCUUCGCCCUCCGCCUUAACGACAUCAAUAAGGACAACUGCGAGGCCUACUUCUUCCUGGCGACGCUCAUCUUCAUCGUUAGCAUCUGCUCCGUCGCACAUAGUGAGGGCGUCGGUAGGUCCAUCGCCCUCAGCGACGUCUCGCAGUCCUUUUCGCUCCUCCACGGAGUCAAGGGCAUCCUCGACUUCCAGCCCAUCGAAGCCUGGAGGCAGCGCGGGGGUCCCCUCGACGGCUUGCUGCGCCCACCCGUGCUAACGCAGGGCGGCUGGGUGUCGACGUCGGCGUUCCAGAAGCGCCUCGACGCCAUCACCUCGCUGGCGAGAGAGGUGCCCGCGUCCUUCACCGACGUCAUCAACCCGCAGUCCGUCUGCGUGCUGGCGCUGGAGGGCCUGCGGAGGGCGCACCAGAUGAGCAGGGGCGAGGGGGAGAAGCCCGGCGGGGUGUGGGGGUGGUCGGCUACCCUGCCCGCCAUGUUUAUCGACAUGGUUGCUAGCGGGCACCCUACGGCGCUCGUCAUCCUGGCGCACUAUGCAGCGCUGGCGAAGCCGUGUGAGAAGGCCGACUGGCUUUGCGACGGGUGGAGCGGCGCGGUGAUGCGCUUGAUUGAGAGGACGUUGGAGGAUGAGUGGAAACCGUGGAUCGAGUGGCCGAAGCGCAGCGUCUUUGAGAGGAUUGACGUCGAUGAUAUGGAAGUUUGA